GCAAUACCGGUAGAUCCAGAGGCAAUUCUUGACAACUUCGAUGGUGUAAAGCAUAGGUAAACCUUUUGUUGGGCUAGAAAUAAGCCUACUAUCCACCAAGGCAUCAUGGCACAACACACCAUAUCUCACCAGCCGUUGUCUAGGUCAUGCCCACGGGUAGGGAUCUUCAGGGGCCGUAGAUCAUUACAGCCAUUGCGAUGCGUGGCUGCAGCCGGCGAUGUUAUGCUGGAGGUUAAGAACCUCGAGGCUAAAAUUGCAGCGACCGGUCAGCCGAUUCUGAAGGGCGUCAACCUCACCGUGCGUAAUGGAGAGGUGCAUGCGAUUAUGGGCAAGAAUGGAUCAGGAAAGAGCACGCUCAGCAAAGUGCUUGUGGGCCAUCCCGACUACGAGGUGACCGGCGGAACCGCCGUCUUCAAAGGGAAAAAUCUAUUCGAAAUGGAGCCGGAGGAGCGUUCUCAUGCCGGAUUGUUCCUUAGCUUCCAAACCCCGAUCGAAGUGCCGGGCGUCAGCAACGUGGACUUCUUGCGGAUGGCGUGCAAUGCGCGCCGGAAAGCGCUUGGGCAAUCGGAGCUGGAUCCGCUUGAAUUCUAUGCCUACAUCAUGCCAAAGCUGGAGAUGCUGAACAUGGACCCGACGUUCCUCAACCGGAACGUGAACGAGGGCUUCUCAGGAGGCGAGAAGAAGCGAAACGAAAUUCUUCAGCUCGCGGUGCUCGAGGCCGAUAUGGCGAUUCUGGACGAAAUCGACAGUGGGCUGGACAUCGACGCGCUGCGUGACGUGUCGCGCGCGGUCAACCAGCUGAAGAACGAGGAGACGGGUGUGCUCAUGGUGACCCACUACAAGCGGUUGUUGGACUACAUCCAGCCCGACUUCGUGCACAUCAUGCAGUCGGGUGAGAUCGUCAAGACGGGCGACAUGGGUCUGGUGGACCAGCUGGAGGCGGGGGGGUACGCCACACUCAGCGACGGCAGCGAGGCCAGCGACGGGUAAAGACAGGAGGGGUUCAAAGAGGAAACUGACGAGCUGCAUGACGAUGCUUCAGCAUUGUUGGGGGGCGCACGGUCGCCAGCACGAGGGGUGAAGGAGUGAUGUGAUGCGGGAGGCAGGGAGACCCGGCUGGAGUUCGGUUGGAUGAACG